GGCGAGGUGGGUGGGCACACUUCCCAAGUAUAAGUAUGGAAACGACCUCAUCUCGUCCGAACGUAACGGACUUCUACUUGAGAGACGGAGAUGGGUGCUCACAUGCGACCACAGCCAACAAUGAAAUUAUAUGUGCUCUUUGUGGUAUCCUUCUCCUGGGCCUUCCACGAGAUCCCGUCCCCCAAGUACCAGCAUCGCGACCCUUUGACCUCUGAACCCCUCCUCUGUGACCAGUGUCCACCGGGGACCGCCGUCCUGACCCACUGCACCGCCAGCUCCCCUACCGCCUGCUCGCCGUGCCCCGCCCGGUCCUUCUCAGAACACUGGCACUGGGGCGACAGCUGCCAGUUCUGCACGGCCGUCUGCAAAGAGAGGCAGCUGGUCCGGCGGGAGUGCAACAGCACCCACGACCAGCUGUGUGAGUGUGUGCCGGGCCACCACCUGCUGGUGGAGUUCUGCGUCAAACACACUGCCUGUCAGCCUGGCUAUGGGGUCAUCGCUCCAGGUACCCCGGACAGUGACACCGUUUGUGAGGCAUGUCCGCGCGGCCAUUUCUCAAGUAGGUUGUCAGCCAGCGAGCCUUGUGUACCCCACAGGAACUGCUCUGAGCUGGGGUGGAAGAUGUUGCGACAAGGCACCCCAACCCAGGACACGCUGUGUGAGAACAAGUCUAAAGGAUCAGUCCUCGAAUGCUCCCAUCACCAAACACUGUGCCACGCUGACAUUUCACUGUGUGAGGAGGCCAUCUUCCAGCCUUUGGCCUCCCUCCGCCUGUCCACUGUCCCUCUGGAGCGACUUCUGGAGAGUCUGCCCGGGAAAAGGGUGGACGGGAAGAAUCUGGAGGGGUUAAAGAAGGCCUGCUCCCCACAGCACCAGAUACUCCACCUGUUAAGGCUUUGGAGACGGCAGAACAGAGACCAGGAUAAACUCUACGGCAUCAUUCAUGGUGUGAGCCAAUGUGAGCGAAAGGUGUCCAAGUGCGCCAGUCUUAAAGACCUGACCCUUGGUGACCUUCUGGCGGUAAUGGACAGUCUCCCAGGGACCAAGGUUCCGGUGGAGGACAUCCGGGCCAUGGUUUCCUCCUGCCGCUCCCCGCAGUACCUCCUGCAGCUCCUCCACCUCUGGAAGAACCUUAACAGAGACAUGGAUCUUGCUAAGGGCCUGGCACAAAGCCCAAGAAGGCUUCGGCUGCAGGGAGCCCCACAGCCUCUCAUCAGGAGCAUCAAGAAGAUCAAUCGGAUCAUCUCCACCUCUUCCAUACACAAGAUGUACGAGAAGAUGUUCCACAACAUUAUUCACGAUGGGAGCUGCUUCAAAACCAAACCCCACAAUGAGUAGGAUGUAAAAGGAGGACAGUGUUAGCCUGGGUGCCAAUCUGUUUCUGCUCUUUUGCCAAAUCCUUGUGGGAUUUUUAUAUCAAGGAGUAGGUAUGAUGGCACAGACAGACUGAUGCCCAGGCUAGGAUGGCAAACUGGACUAAUCUAAAAUUAAGCUUGUCAAUGGGAGACUAGCUGAGAGUACAACUUCAAGGUGCAGUAUGUAGAAUUUGAGAAUUGUCAUAUUGGAAAAUGUCCAUAAUAUAUCCAGUGGAAUGAUAGUCAUUCAUAACAUUUAUUCACCUGAAAUUAUUUUCUGUUGUCAAAUGGAAAAGCUUUUUCCUCAAACAAAAAAUGGCAAGUGAAAUGUGUGCGUCAUUUUCUGGUUGAUGACAUUCUAUUCUAUGCCGUAUGGAAACAAACACUCUGUAGUGUUUCAAAUCAUUGUGCCGUCUACAUCGCUUUUCUAUAUUUUUUAAUAUCUGAAAAUGUAUUUUUCACAGCUUUUUAAGCUGGUCGACAACUGAAAGUGAGUAGAGCAACUGCGCCGUAAAGGAGAGUUGGUUUGAACAUGACCCGGUGUUGCUACUAUUCACCUAGCCUCCAGAUGAAGAAAAAAUUCUACAUAUUGACCAUCUAGGUGCAAGUUGGGAUUCACCCCUAUGUAAAAAUCAGUGUUGGGGUCAGUUGGAUUGAAAUUCAAUUUAUGAAUAGGAUAUUGUUUUUCAUAGGUUUUAUGAGGACAUUUUUUCAAUUCUCAAAUUGAAUUUGAAACUCACUUGUUGGAAGCACUGAAUUGAACACUAAAUUGAUCCCGACCACAGUGAAAAGAGAAAGCUAUUUAAAGUUGUACAUAAUCCACUAUUUUUUAGAGAGGGGGAAUGGGUUGGGGUCGUCUUGUUUUUUCACUCUUUUAAAAGGAGGAGAUUGCUUUCAUAAUGAUGUCUCACACUGCGUCAGAUAUAGUGCCCUGGUCAGAAGGGGCGCAGUCUUUCGGGAAUAGGGUGUCGUUUUGUAUCCACCCAUGCUGACAUGCAGAGCUUCAUUGAAACAUUUUAAACAAUGUCAGGAUUUAUGAAUGUACAAAGGUGUGCAAUUUGUUUUCUAUUUAAAUUGAUGUUUUCUUAACUGAAUUUGUUGUGAAAGCUUGUCUUUAUUUUCUCUUUAUUACAACUGUCAAUGCUGAAAGUAUGAAGUUACAAUGUAAUUUGUUUGAAACUGAAGGGAAUUUUUGUAAGUCAUUUUUGUAUAGAAAAUUAUGGAUCUUUAUUUUGGAUUUUUGUUUCAGGUCCUUAUUUUUUUAGAACGUGAUGGCAAAUUAUCUGAUUAAAGUCUAUUUCAUAAAACUGUUAA